AUGGAGGAUCGAAGUAAAGGAAGUAGUGGUAGGGCUUGCAAACCGGACGGUACACUACUCGGGAAGAUAUGGGGAAAGAAAGCCUACAAGCAUGAAUGUUUUUCAACUCAGCUUGUUCACCUGGCGGUUCAAAAGCCUAUGGUAGCCUUUGAAGUCAUGAAGAAGCGGUUUCGAGAAGAUGUAUCAGUUCGCCUCUUUGUCUCUUGCCAGCCCAUGGAUUCAGCAGCAGUUCGAAAGCUUGCCCUAUUAAGGAAUCCCCGGAUCUAUGCUUAUUUGCAACUCCCUGAAGCGUUUCGUCGAUUACUACGCACCUUCCUCGUCUCUGGGUGCCUAGGGUAA